AUGCUGUCCAACCCACCAUCCACCAACUCCAGCACAGGUGCUCUUCAGGCACGCAAAAGGCUACACCGGAGACAACAGUCGACGCCGGUAGCCUUUGAAGCCAUGAAGAUGUCCAACAACCUGCCCAACACUGCUAGUGUUGCCAUCGUCAUGCAGCAGCAACAGCAGCAACAGUUUCAGUCCGCACAGAUGCAACAAGCACCGAUACCUCGGCAACAGCCCGCUCGCCAGUUGGGUCACCGCAGAGGACAGAGCCUGGACACAAGGCGUCAGCAGCUGCAACAGAACGUACAACGCCAGCAGCAGAUGGAACACCACAUACAGCGGCACCAGCUCUUCACGAUGACAACGGCGGCAGACGAUAGCAGCAGCAACAGCAGCAACAGCAACAGCAACAGCAACAACUUCCGGCAGGAAUUCAGUAACAGCACACCCUAUGUCAAGCAGUCCCGAGAGGAGGCCUUCCUCCUCUCGCCCCAGGGGACACCAGUAAUGAUCCCGUCAAACUCCCAGCAGUUUGGCGGCCAGGGGACUGCAAGGAGGCAGCAGCAACAGCAGCAGGACUGCACAGCUGCUCAACUCGAAUACGCCAACGGGCACACUGCCGUGAUGAUGAGGCGAGCCCUCUCCAGCGACGGCAUGCCCAUUGGACAGCCCGGCUUUGAGCUCUACAGCAGUCCCGAUACAGACGGCGGCUUUCCGUCGAACACGUUCAUGUCCUUCCAGGACACGGCCAGCUCGGCUCCCAUGGGUGUCGCCGCUUCGCCCCAAGGUUGGGUGUCCGAGGACGACACGUCCAGCACUCGGCGCGGGUCGCGGAGAAUCAGCAACACCAUCAUGGACCGCGUCGUCAAGUUCGAGUCCCUGGCCGUGGACGGGAUGGGCAGACCUACCACGCCCCCGCACCAGCAUGAAACCAAAUAUUUCCCCCCAACACCGACGGAAACUUCACAGGAGAGCAUGUCACAGCAAGUCGAUGGCGCCCGGAUGGCACGAUUCUCGGACGACUAUGAUGAGUCGAUGGAGGAGACAAUCAAGCCGGUCCGCAACCACGGAAACCGGGCCAACCGGUCGUCGGGUGUUUUUGACGACAUGCGCCACCAGGCCGAGGCUAUGGCAAAUCCCACCCAUCCCAACAUGAUGCAGAUGCCCUUGACCCCGGCAGACUUCAUGAACAUGAGCAACGUCAACGCGGAGUUUAUGAAGAUCCAGACAGGAAACUAUGCCGUCAUUCCAGUGCCUUCCGACAUGCAGCACUUGUCGCCGCCACUUUCGCAGCAGCCGACUCCGGCAUCCAUCCAGGGCGUUUUUGAUGGCAACACGAUCGGCUCGGGCAUCGUCAGCCAGGGUGCUUUUGGCAACAAGACAGACAUGUGGCCGACUGACUUCGACUCUAACCUGACUAUGCAGUCGUUUGCGACAGGCCUUUCGGCGGAGGAACAGGCGACAAUGUGCCGGCGGCCAGCCCAUCGACGCAACGAGUCGAUGGCCAGCAUCGUCAGCGCCGCCAGCAUUGCGAGCAUUAACAUUGACGAGACCAGAACCGAGACCGGCGUGACACUGGACGACAUUGCCACGUACAUUGAUGGGCCCAACCCGGUCGAUGGCAAGUGGCGGUGUCUCUACGACAACUGCAACAAGCGUUUUGGCCGCAAGGAGAACAUCAAGUCGCACGUCCAGACGCAUCUGAACGACCGCCAGUACCAAUGUCCACACUGCCAGAAGUGCUUUGUCCGCCAGCACGACCUGAAGCGUCAUGCCAAAAUCCACACCGGCGUCAAGCCGUACCCUUGCGAGUGCGGGAACAACUUUGCGCGUCAUGACGCGCUGACCCGCCAUCGCCAGCGCGGCAUGUGCAUCGGCGCCUUUGACGGAGCCGUUCGCAAGAUUGGCAAGCGUGGCCGUCCGCGCAAGACACGGCCGAGCGUCGACGAGCGCCGUGACAAGUCUUCUCGCACGCGGUCGAAGCACAAGUCGGCCUCGGACUCUAGCGGGGGAAUGCUGUCAUCGUCUCCGGAGAUGUCAUCACACUCUGGCUAUUCAGACAGCUCAGCCGUCAACUCUCCACGGACCGACGAUUCGGACAAUGCAUUCGACGAUGAACCUUUCGAGGGCAUGGUUGAUGACGCUAUGCUGGACAUUGGCUUCGGCCUGACCACCACGACCCCGCAUAGAACCAACAGCGGCACGAUGAACCCGAACGCUUUGACGGUCUCGUCAGCCCCGAUGCCGGGUGCAGGCAUCUCUGCUGAGGAAAUGGUGAACCUGAUGCCUGUUGUGUCGCCGUCUGAGCAUGCUGCCGCCCUCGCGGCCUCGCCGUCAGCAAUGAGCCACUACUCGCACAUGUCCCACGCGUCGAUGAACAGUGGCGAGCCCAGACCGAAGGAGCGGGACGGCGAAGACCGCCUGCUUCCCACCAGUCACCCUGCAUCCCCCGCCAAGAGCAUAGCCAGCCACUACACACAGCAUCCCAACACACCCCCAGAGCUGUCAGCGUCGAGCUCACCGCCGCAUUCUUCCACACACUACUUUGAAUUGGACCCCAACUCGAGCUGUGCGGAGGAAGAUUCGAUUGGCUUGAGUGCUCCACUGACGGCGGGAGGAUGUGGCCCGCUGGGCAUGGAUAUGGGCGGCUUCACAGCCGGCCCUCUGGAUGAUGACGUGAUGCUGAUGAAGGCCUACACAGCGGACGAUGUGCUGGUGCAGCUCGACAACUCGGGGCUCAGCAUGCUGAACACCAGCAAGUUUGACGACGAGUACGGCAUGUUCACCAACAACGAUGACGUCUUCUUCGGGAGCAGCUGA